AUGUCUGAAUCUACGACAUCAAACAUCGGACAUUUACGGGAGUUCAAUCCCGCCAUUUCGGAAUGGUCCAUUUUUAAAAGAAGAAUUGACAAUUACUUCGUUGCAAAUACGAUCACGGACGAAAAACGGAAAGGAGCCAUCCUGUUGAAUGUCCUUAGCGAAGAAGCUUACAAGCUAGUGUUUAACAUGUGCUUGCCGGAGGAACCAGAAACUAAAACACACAAAGUACUCAGUGAUCUACUCACUAAUCAUUUCAAACCGAGUGAAAGUGUAUUUGCUGCACGAUACAAAUUUUAUACAGCUAAGAAGGGAUCAACAGAAACUGCAAAAGAAUGGGCAGCUCGUCUAAGAAAUUUUGCAGCGCAGUGUCAAUUUAAUAAUUUACAACUAGAAAUGGUUCUGAGGGAUAUAUUCAUAGUAAACUACGACAAGGGAAGUGUUCAAGAUCGUCUUCUGGAAGAAAAAAAUUCAGUAACUUUUACUGAAAUGGUGGAAUUGGCAUCAGCAAAAUCUGCGACGCAGGCAUCGAUGAAUAACUGGGAGAAUUUAAUCAAGAAAGAAGUGGAUUUGCAUUACGCAGGUACACAGUCAUGUCAGAGUGUAUCGAAGAAGGGGAGUCCACCGGAUCAAGAAUCGUCAAGAACAUCGAAUACCAGUAAUCAACAGAACAAAUGCGAAAUCUGUGGAAGACGGAAUCACUCAAAAGAUAAGUGUUUUUAUCGCGAUUGUCUCUGUCACAUCUGUGAUGACUUACAGUUUCUGUUCAAAAAAUAUAAACGUGUUUUUGAACCUGGAUUGGGAACAUUCACUAAAGGAAAAAUUUCAAUCAAAUUAAAAUCUGAUGGAAUAACACCUAAAUUUUUUAGGGCUAGACCUCUUCCGUUCGCCAUGAGGGAGAAAGUUGAGCAGGAACUGGAAAGGCUUCUGAGUUUAGGGGUCAUCGAACCAGUUGAUUAUUCACCGUGGGGAACGCCAGUGGUGCCCGUGAUUAAAAAAGAUGGUUCAGUAAGACUGUGCGGAGAUUUUAAGGUAACACUUAACCCUCACAUCGAAAUUGAUAAAUAUCCUUUGCCCCGCAUAGAACAACUCUUUGCUAGCCUUCAGGGCGGUGAACAUUUCACGAAAUUAGAUUUAGCCAAUGCUUAUACCCAGAUAUGUCUUGAAGAAGAUUCGAAAAAUCUUGUAGUUAUCACAACUCACAAAGGUUUAUUUCGUUAUACUCGAGCUCCUUUCGGAAUAGCAAGUAUUCCCUCUAAAUUUCAAAAGUUGAUGGAAUCGUUGUUACAAGGAGUAGAUGGUGUUGUAAUUUUUAUUGAUGACAUAGUCGUUACUGGUAAGGAUAGAGCCGAACAUCUCGAGAGGUUGGAGAAAGUAUUUGAGAGAUUACAGGAUGCGGGUUUCAAAAUUUCCGACAAUAAAUGCGAAUUUUUCAAAUCAAAAAUUACAUAUAUGGGUUAUCAAAUUGAUAAAACCGGUUUGCAUACUUGUCAGGAGAAAAUCGAGGCUAUCAAUAAAGCGCCGGUGCCAAAAGAUAUCUCACAGCUCAAAUCAUUCCUUGGUUUGGUGAACUACUACGGAAAAUUCGUGCCAAAUCUAUCAUCGAUUUUACACCCGUUGUAUAAUUUGUUGAGGGAUAGGGUACAAUGGCGUUGGUCAGCCAAUUGUGAGAGAGCUUUCAGAAAAAUAAAAGAAAUAUUAACUUCGGCUGAUGUCCUAGUUCACUAUAACCCAGAUCUACCGUUCGAAAAACCUGGAGACGCCAAGAUAUACAGUAAAGUGGUUACACAGUUCGAAGGAUACUUCAUUCCCUCAAGAAAUGACACCUUCGAAAGUCAUGUAUUUUUAUCAAGAGAUAUGAAACCUGUUGAAAGUGUCGAUAAAUAUGUCACAAAUCUAAGGGAAUUGAGUGCCACAUGUAACUUCGGUGAUCUAACAGAUUUCUUAAUUAAAGACAAGUUAGUUCAUGGAAUCAGGGGAAAAUCCGUGAAAGAUCGACUCCUGCGAACAAAAAACUCAGAUCUUGCAAAAGCCCUAGAAAUUUGCAAGGCUGCCGAGAAAACAGAAAAUCAAGUGAACCAAUCAUGUGGAGAUUUGGAAGAGCAACAUUUAGAGGAAGAAAUCAACGUGAUUAAAUCCAGGAACCGGAAAACGUACCAAAGGAAUAUGGCAACCAAGCAGGCGCAAUAUCAAUAUCGACCAGGAAGCAGACGCAAUAUCGAUCAGAAGAUCCAGCGAUGGCAGCAGCCUACGUCAUCAUUGAAUGUCACAAACCAACAGCCGUCAAACUCAAAACAAGAACAUGGAACUAGAAAUCCAAACUCGCAUCAUUAA